UUCACUCACAUUCAUAUUCUAAAUAUAUUGGUGUUGUAUUUUGCAAAACCAUACAGAAAAGAUGGGUCAGGGAAGAGGUUUCAGUGCAAUGUUUGUAUUGUUGUCCGUGUUGGUGCUUAUGUCUGAGAUGGCUCAUGCAGCCACCUACGUUGUUGGGGACAAAAAUGGUUGGAACUUUAACACAAACAAUUGGCCUAAUGGAAAGAAAUUCAAGGCCGGUGAUGUACUAGUGUUCAACUAUGGUCCUGGCGCACACGAUGUGACGGUAGUUGAUGCGAAUGGAUACAAGUCAUGCGAUCCUUCAAAAGCAUCAAAGAAGUAUAGUUCAGGGCAUGAUGAGAUCACACUUGCAUCAGGAACAACCUACUUCAUCUGUUCUUUUGCUGGUCACUGCCAACAAGGGAUGAAAAUUGCGAUAAAUGCUGCAUGAUUCUGUAAACACCUUAGAUCAAGAUUAUAUAAUCCAUUUUGGUGGGUGCCAAAUGUAUUAUUGAGAUAACAUGACUUCAGUCACAAUAAAAUAUAAAUAUUUAAUAUA